ACAACUUCUUCUGUCAGCUCAGCAUUUUCUGAAUCUAAAGUCAAUGUUAGAGAGAAGAAAAUGUUAUUGUGAAAUAGUAAAACUCAAAGUCUGGUGGAUGUUUUGCAAACCUCUUGAAAACUGUCCUCUAUUUCUUCCACUUUGAAACCUUUGGUUCUCUUUGGCAUUCAACAUGACAUUUACAAUUUUACCCACUUAGAGAGAGAGUUGUGGCCUAUUGACCCAAACAUAGACUAAGCUAAGUCUUAUUGGCUGUUAUAAAUGUACAUACCUCGCUCCAGAUGCCAAAGGUUUGUCCUGCCCAAACCAGAAAUGCAAGUAAACCUCAUCCUGAGAGUUUCAGUGAGAGCCAAGCAACACUUGAAUGACAGGGAAGCUUCAACACCACGUUUCACAGAGAAAAGAGUGACAGCAGAGCUGCAGGCCAGAUGAGUCUCUGUUUUCUCUAAAGAAAAAACUAAACUGAGUUCAUCAGGACCUUCUCAGCAACACAGCGGAGUCCCUGCAAAACACUGUGUGUAGAUCAUGGCCGCUGCCAGCUGUCUGCUAACUGAAGAUCAGUUUCUGUGCUCCAUCUGUCUCAGUGUUUUCACUGAUCCAGUCACUACACCAUGUGGACACAACUUCUGUAAAAACUGCAUCACUGAACACUGGGAUAUUAAUGUCCCUUGCCUUUGUCCUGUGUGUAAAGAGGUUUUUUACACAAGACCAGAGCUGCGGGUCAAUACUUUGAUCUCUGAGAUGGCUGCUCAGCUCAGACAUGAAGUUCAACAGAAAACCAACAGCAGCAGCUCGGAGCUACAGCGUGCCACAUCAGAAGAUGUUUGCUGUGACAUCUGCACUGGAACCAAACUGAAAGCCCUGAAGUCCUGUCUGGUGUGUCUGUCCUCCUACUGUGAGACUCACCUGGAGCCUCACCUGACAGUCACAGGUCUCAAAAAACAUCAGCUGAUCAGUCCUGUGGAAAAUCUGCAAGGUAGGAUAUGUAUGAAGCACGAUAAACCGCUGGAGCUGUUCUGUAAGACCGACCAGACAUGUGUCUGCAUGCUCUGCAUGGUUUUAGACCACAGGACACAUGAUGUUGUUCCUCUGAAAAAAGAAUAUGAAGAAAAAAAUGCUGAGCUGGAGAAGACAGAGUCUGAAAUUCAGCAGAUGAUCCAGAGGAGACGACUGAAGAUUCAGGAGCUCAAACACUCAGUGAACCAAAGUAAUAAAGAUGCAGACAGAGCGAUAGCUGAGGGUGUUCAGGUGUUUACUGCUCUGAGGGAGUCUGUUGACAGAGGCCUGGCUGAGUUCACUGAGAUGAUCAAAGACAAGCAGAGACCAACAAAGAAACAGGCUGAAGGCUUGAUCAUAGAGCUUGAACAGGAAAUCUUGGACCUGAUGAAGAGAAGCAAUGAGCUGGAGCAGCUCUCAUGUUCUGAAGACCACCUCCAAUUCCUCCAAAGUUUCCUGUCCUUAAAGGAUGCUCCACCCACCAAAGACUGGACAGACGUCAGUGUCCGUCCACCAUCAUAUGAGGGGACUGUGGUAACAGCUGUAGUUGAGCUGGAGAAGAAACUCAGGAAAGACAUAAAGAAUGUCUUUAAGGUGGAGCUGAAGAGGGUCCAGCAGUAUGCAGUGGAUGUGACCCUUGAUCCUGAGACAGCAAAUCCAUGGCUCAUCCUGUCUGGUGAUGGAAAACAAGUGACAUUUGGUGAUGUAAAUAAGAAUCUUCAAGACAGUUCAAGCAGAUUUUCUUAUUAUGCAAGUGUCUUAGGGAAGCAGAGUUUUACUACAGGAAGAUUUUACUAUGAGGUUCAGGUUAAAGGGAAGAGUAAGUGGGAUUUAGGAGUGGCCAGGGAGUCAGUUAACAGGAAGGGGCAAAUCACACUGAAUCCUCUGAACGGUUACUGGACCGUCUCUCUGAGGAACGGAAAUGAGUUCAAAGCUCUUGCUGAUCCAUGUGUCCGUCUCUCUCUGAAGUCAAAGCCUGAGAAGAUGGGGGUGUUUGUGGAUUAUGAGGAGGGUCUGGUCUCCUUCUAUGAUGUUGAUGCUGCAACUCUCAUCUACUCCUUUACUGGCUGCUCCUUCACUGAGAAACUCUACCCAUUCUUCAAUCCCUGUAAUAAUGAUGGUGGGAAAAACUCUGACCCUCUGGUCAUUUGUCCAGUCCGUGACAUCAAGGUUAACUUAGUACGAAUAUAUUCAAGAAUACGAAAAAAUCCAUAAUCGACAAAAAAUAAAUAAAUAAUAUGAUUACUUGAGGACUUUUCAAGGACAUGUUAUUGCUGCUCCCCAUCUAAGAUUACUAGGUUUUCUCAGUAAACUUCUUUUUUCUAAUUCAUGCUUAACCUGUGGUGUAGUGGGGGUGAAAUGCAACAAUCACCCCCAUCUGAACAUGAACCACGGACUGGGAAGUUGGGUACACCUCAGAUCCUAAAACACAUUUUAACAUAUAUAUGGUAGAAGAGGAAGCAGGUACAGCUAUGUCAAGGUGUAUUUAAAAAAAAGAUUUCAUUAUCUUCUUAAUAUUUUUCUUUUAUGUGUCCCUUUGCUACUUACUGCUGCAAGACACCAGUUUGAGAGAAACUGCAUGUUCUUGUAUGUCCUGAUCUGGCCUCUCUUGUUAUCUUGUUAUAAUUGUAUGUUCUGCAGCUGCUGUAGACACUAGAUGACAUUAAAUACAUCAUGUGCCAAAGAUUUAUAGUAGAUUUAAAAUGCUUAAAUAAAGACAAAUCAAACAAAGACAAUGUG